CUCCACGUGGGACAUCCGGCGGAAGUAAACCACAUGAUGCUAGCAACGUUAGCUUCGAGGCUUCCUGUUGUUUAUCGUCUGUCGGUUCUUGCUGUGUGAGCUGAAGGUUUCAGGUUCUGCAGUAACAGUAACUUCGGUUCAUCACCAGAGAGAGAACAGCUGCUGCUGGAGAAAUAUUCAACAACAUCGAAACGGCUGGAUCCCAGCAGGAAAACCCAAAUCAUCUCGGAACCACCAGAUUUGCCAAAGCGUCAUGUCUCUAGAGCUUAAAGGGAGAACAGAGGCCCUUCAUCUGCCAAGAGUAAAGGAAGAAGAGUGUGGAUCAGAACCUCUGCUGGCUGUAAAGAAAGAAGACAACAUAGGACUAAAGCAAUGGACAGAAACCUUAGUGGGAGUAGAUUCAGGAUCAGUUGAAGUAAAAGAAGAACCAGUAGAAUUACAACUGCAACAAAUAAAGGAAGAUGAUUCUCAAUCAGAUUCUCAGCAGAUGAUUAAGAUUGAAGAGAUUAGUCCAGAUGAAAUCAAAGCGUUAGAACCAAAACAAGUGAAAGAAGAGGAGCAUGAAUUAGACUUUCUGCAGAAGGUAAAGAUGGAGGCUAAUGACACAAAUCAAAAGGAAAAUCAGAAUGAACUGAAGGAAGAGACUGAUACCUUCAUCCUUAUGGUGACGGAUAAUGAAGCAGAACAACCUGAACGCAAUGGAAAUCAAUUCUCUAAGAACAUCUUUAAAGCAGAACACCAUCAGGACAGAAAGACUCUCGGAGCUUCAAGAUCCAGCAGAGAUGAACAGCAUCAAGAGAAAGUUGUGAAAACCAGAGGCAGAGGAGACAAAAGGACAAAGGACAAGGAAAUUAACCAGAGUAAAAUAUGUAACAUUUGUAGUACAAGUUUCAAAUUGAACCAGAGUUUAGAAGCCCACAUGAGAACUCACACAAAUGAGAAGCCUUUUUCAUGUGUGACCUGUGGGAAAAGCUUCUUUAGCAAAAACAGUUUCAGUCGCCACAAGAGAACUCACUCAGUUCAGAAGCUGAUCUCCUGCACAAUGUGUAGCAAAGGUUUCCAUCUGAAAGGCAACUUGAAUAGCCACAUGAGAACUCAUACAGGUGAGAAACCUUUCUCAUGUGAAAUAUGUAUGAAAAGUUUCAGUCAGAAAUGCAAUUUGAAUACCCACAUGAAAAUUCAUACAGGUGAAAAACUUUUCACACCUUUCUCAUGUAGAAUCUGUAAGAAAAGUUUCCAUCUGAGAUGCAGUUUAAAAAACCACAUGAGAACACAUACAGGUGAAAAACCUUUCUCAUGUGAAAUGUGUAGGAAAAGUUUCAGUCAGAAGAGCAAUCUGAAGAGCCACAUGAGAACUCACACAGGUGAGAAACCUUUCUCUUGUGGAAAGUGUAGGAAAAGUUUCAGUCGGAAACACACUUUGCAUCGCCACAUGAGUACUCACACAGGUGAGAAACCUUUCUCAUGUGGAAAGUGUAGGAAAAGUUUCAGUCUGAAACAUACUUUGCAUCGCCACGAGAGCUCAAUUCAGAAUCAUUUCUAAUGUGCAACCUGUGAAAAAUGUUUCCGUCUAAAGAAAUAUUUGAAUUGACCCAUGAAACUUCACACAGACACUGCAGAGGUGCAGUUUGCAGCUCUGUUGCUUUGCAGGUCGUAGUUCAGUGGAGUAGCAGCCUGGAGUCUUUAUCUGGAUUGUUUGAUCUUACAUGUUACUAGUGAGGAAUCGCUCUCCAAUGGUUCUGUCGUAAAAACAUGAACUUGUGUCUGAGUUGGUCUGAAAAUGUGUAGAAGUCUUGAAAGCUAGAAUGAUUAUCCUUCUUCAGCAACUUCAUCUCUAUAAUUCCAGUUAAAACUUCCCAGAUGUUGUUCCAAAACGUAUGGUUUGACUAUAUCAUAAAUAUUUAUGGAUUUGGAGCCUUUCAUCAAACAAUAUUGCUGCUUUGAAAGGAUCAAUAUCAGCACAACUUUGCAGCAUCCUGGACAUCAGUUAAACUUUAAAGUUUUUAUCAGGUAAAAGUCAUUAUCCAGCCCAGAGACCAAUUAACUGAACAUUGAAGUUCCAUCAAAAUAAAAGCAUUUAAACUCAGGAAGUCAACUUCUUUCAAGCAUUUCUAUCAAACCUUCUUCUAUAAGUUUCUUCUACAUGUGAAUGGAUCCAUCAGUAUUUCAGGCUGACAGACUAAAAUUUGCACAAACUGUUUUAAAAUGUUCAGCAGUUCUGUUUCUGAAUCUUGAGGUUUUAUUUUCAGAUGCUGAUUUAACUGAUUAAAAUCCUGAUCUAUUUAACUAAAAGGUGGAGGUGACAUUAUUAAAGAGACAUGACGGGUCCAGCAGCAUUCUAAUAAACAGUCGAGAAAGUUAAAUUUGUCUUUAUUUAGUCCAAAACUCAGAGAUUUUCGAUAUUCGUAAAUUUUCUAUUUCAGUUCAGUCUUUAUUUUACAUCUUAAAGAUUUUCUUGCAGCCAAAUCUUUCUAUUUAUCCCAACAUGCCGGGUCUUUCAGGGUUAGACUAAGACUAAGACUUCUGAGAAGAUUUGAAUUUUCUGGAUAAACCUGAAUAAACUGUUCUGAAAACAGAAAAAAAAACGUCCAGAAGGAAGAAGAACGUUUGUUAAAUGUUUAUUUCUUUUCUUCUUUUUUUCUAGUUAGUUUUGUAAAAGUUUUCUAAACCUGAUGUGUUCUGCUUUUUUUUUUUUCAGGGGGAUUCUCCAUUUAACUUGAGUGUUUUUGUGGGGCCAUGUGGUUCAAUAAAAAUGUAAAUAAUUAGAAAAUCUGACAUAUCAAAGUUUGUUCAGCUGUUUUUCUCAAGAAAACUUUAAAGGAAAAAAAUGUUGAAUAUUUAUGAGAACUGCUGUACUCAACAAAUAUUUUUCUUCAAUUUAUUUCUUGACAGAUUGCAUUGCCAUUAUGAAUAAUGAACAUCAACAAAACACAUUUCUCUGUAAAGUAAAAAUAUUAAAAUGCCUUACCAGUC